AUGAAGGGCCUAGUGACGCCAGCUUCUCUAGACUUGUUCGACUUUGUUUAUGAGAAUCCCAUACAGCAAAUGAGGAGUCCCGGACUUAAUCGUGAAGAUGAUCUAUCACGAGUAGUUGCGCAGGGGACACCUCGUUAUUUCGAUGCUAGCCUCUUUGGUGAAUCGCAUCUAGCCACUGGAUCUGGAAAAGAAGCUUUUCAAGAACCAGGAGGCUUGAACACUUUCAUAAAAGCCCAGCAUGUUAUACAGAUACACAGGGCACUUCUCAACCCCCAAAAACGAUCGGUCCAGCCUACCGAGUUAUACUUGUUACUAGUCACAAUUACAUGGGGAGCUCUACUCGACACAGAGGUUAACACCCCUGUCAAGGCUGAUCUAGCAGAUGCUGUUGAAGAUAUGACAAAACUUUUAUUCAGACACGCUGAUAGUGUGGAUAAGUUCCUGGCGCUUGUUGCUAUGGUGAGUACAUAA